GUCCGGAAAAGUUCACGCGGUUCAGCCCCAGUAGCGCUCCCCUAGUGGCAGCAGUAUCAAAAGCAGCAACAGCAAUAGCAGCAUCGUCGCACAGCAUCCCAUCUCCUGCUCGGUGUGUGUUAUCAGAGCACCGUGUGCGCUGCUGUCCACCAGUCUCCAGGGGGAGGGCAGUGGGUGGCGCAGUUUGUCGUACAUAGCUACAUGUGCUUCAAGGGAUCAAGCUUGGGAAGUACAUAGCAACGACGACGACGCGAGUACAAUGCCUGGAAGGGAAAACACAGAUACUUGAUAUGGUCCAGGCUCUGGCUAUGUGAAUAUUCGGAGGUGGUGCAGCUGAAAGCUAGCCCCAAGCGACUGAAAAGCGUACGAAACGAGUGCAAAAAAAAGAAAGAACGAAAGAUGGAAAAUUGAUUUUCUUAUCAGUAACGAUACAGUGGGGGUAGAAGACCUGGGCCAAAGACCAGCGGAGCCGAACAUCGACGCGGCCCCGGAAUCGAUCGAUCUUCGGUGCUCGGUGCGUGUCGAAAGCGAUUCCCUCCAAAAGGAAGGAACAAGUGAAGAGAAGAAACAAGAAGAAAAAGCGCAACAUAGGCAAGUUCCAGUGUAGGCAGAAUAGUGAACCUCCGCCCGACCAUCGGUUGGGUGACCCGCGCGAAUCCUCCGCAACAAGUAUACACCAAUAGGGUUGAGCUGGAGAAAAUCGAUUUCGAUUAGUGCUGGUGUGCCUCCUUAUGGGAGUUGCUUGCAUUUUUGAGUGCAAAGUGUUUUGUUUGUGUUUGAGCAAAAUCUGGCCGAACAGAAUUGUGACCGUGAAGUAUUUCUCCAAUCGGUAAAGGUGCACCCUUUCUGACGCCAGGAGUUUUCGGGGAAUAUUAGUGUGCGAAAAUAAAAUUUGAACCGCGGCUCUCCGGCAGUGGCUUCACCAGAUAUUAAUCAAUAUCUGUAUGUGUACCUUGGUUUGGAAAAUAAACAACAAAAAAUGAAGCAUUCCAGUGCAACUACCGCUCGCUGCCGACACCGAGAGCCAGCGGAAUGAAUGGGGGCAAAGCUCGGCGGACUAGUGACACAAUCCCAUUAGCUGAACUUCACGGUAUGGUGCCUGGCCUCCCCAUUUAUAUGUGAGCUGUGCACGAGUAAGCGGCUCGAUGUGAUGCGAAGAACAAACAAAUCAAUGACGACGACGGAAAAUCCGAACGCUCCCAUCGUUCGAUAUGAAUGGAAAGUAAUUAGCAUAUCUCAAGUAUUCAUACCCUUCACAAGCCGGUCAUCGUGUGCCGUCAGUGCAUAAGCGAGGAAAAAUGAGCGUCGUCAUCCGAAGAACGUUCAAAGUGUGUGAUGUGCUUGCUAUGUGCUUUUCCGUGAAGCAAAGCGGCGGGAAAUCUGUCCCUCUGGUCGCCCUCCGGUCGGCGGUGGCGGUGUCCGGAGAGUGAAGUGCACCCGAAGAAAGAACCUUAAAAUCGAUAAAGGAUAUAUAAAUAGCUCCUUGUGGUGGUGGUGAGAAGUGGCUGGGAAAACCUAGAGCGGAAAUGGUACCGAAAUGUAGAGUUGAAGAACAAAGUCAACGAAUUCCCCGCCGCCAACCAAGUUGUUUGUGCCGUGUGGAGUCUCGUCGCAUGCGUGUUAAAAAUAGUGGCCAAAUUGGCUUUUGUGAGUUAAAAGUAGAGUAAAUCAGAGCGAAUUUCCAGCGCAGCAUGGAUUGCUGCAGCAGUAAUUACAUGGAUUAUAGACAUUCCAUAAAUAAUAACUUUUGCUAUCCGUACUCGCCCAGUAUGAUACGGAGUGCGUCACCGUACCAGCUUCCCCCGGGGGUAGCCGGACGCUACGGAGCCGAUUACCGGGGUGGGUAUUACGAUGGCAGCUUCGACAAAUACUACGGCAGUUACCAUCCAGCGGCCGGGUCGGGACAUGGGUACGGCGGAAACUAUUACGGUAAUUCCUAUUCGACCUACCGAGAAUUCGCCUACAACGAUUACUACCACCCGUCAUCACCGUCUCCGUCUUCGCAUCCCUUCUCCGGUCCUCCACCCGGAAGCUUCCAUGGACCGCACAUGUUCAAUCGGCACCAAUCGCUUCCGCUUCCAUUCCAACGAGAAUCCUAUUACCAUCAAAGAGAUCACCAUCAGUAUGCGGCGGGCUUUAGUAAUUACUCCGGUAAUCCCUACAAGGCAGCAGACUCCAAUCCGGGCAGCAGCACAACGAGUGCCAGCUCGGGCAAUAAUGCACCGAACGGGGGCAGUGGCAGUAGCAGCAGCCCCGGUUGCAACACUGCUGCCGGUGAAAGUCCCCUAUUUGGCCCGCAGCAGAACGAAUAUACGCAUAGUCCAGAUUAUUCGGCACAAUCCUAUAAUUCCGGCAGUAGUCCAAAUCAUCCCCAUCACCAUCGUCAUCAUCCACACCCACACCUCAGUCCGGGGGAAGGUGGCGGCAGUAGCAGCAGCAGCUAUCCUCCUUCCGCAAUGCCAAAUGCAACAGCAGCAGCAGCAGGAUAUCCUCUCAGCAUAAAGGACGCAAGAAUGCGAAAGCUGAAGGAGCGCAAACUAGCAAAGUCGACAACAUCCUACAGCAACGGGAGUCCCAACCGUGGCCAAAACACCAGCACCAGCAGCAGUCCCAACCCCGGGAGCUGCGGGAGCAACAGUAGCAGCACCGAUGCACGAUUAAAAUCGCUGGAUGCACUCGCUGUUGUUGCUAUUCUGCUGAAACGUCGUCAUGAACUCCCCAAGGGCAGCCUCGAAACCAUCAUCGACCCAUCACUCUGGGCUGGGCGAACGCGAUGCGAUGCCACUAAGGCAGCAUAG